GUAAUCAUCUGUCUCUCCAUAAAGAAAUCCUAAUCAGAUCCUCUUUAAUCCUCUGGUCUUGGUUGUAUGACAUUUUCUGUCAGUGAAGUAAAAGUUGUUAUUGUUUUUCUUUGUUGGGAUUGCUUCUGUUGUGUUUUUACGUCGUAGGUCAAUAAGUGUAUCAUUCACUACAAACUUGACAGUUUAUUAAUACUAGGCAAUAACCACUUUUCUCAUGGAGGAAUCUGUAAUAUUAAUUGUGAAAGCGCCAAAUCAGCAAAUAGAAGAUCAAGCUAUUCACUGUGAGAUUACAUGGACAGUAAAAAGAUUGAAGGAUCAUUUGUCUGAGACUUAUCCAAGUAAACCACGCCCAGAAGACCAGAAAUUGAUUUACUCAGGACAGUUACUAAAUGAUAGUGUUACAUUAAAGGAUAUCUUGCGAACAUACGAAGGUCAAGAAAACCAUACACUUCAUUUAGUUUGUUCACCACCAAAGGAAAAUUUCAAAACAUCAUCAAGUUCUAAAAGACCAACACCAAUGACAUCCUCACAACCAGCUCAAGAUCAAACUGAUAAUAGCAGUACAUCAAGCACCAUUGGAGAUGGGAUGAGGCAACGUUUUACUUCCAGUUUUGCUACUCAGCCAACUCAGUCUUGGCCGAUUGCAUUCACACAAGCAGGGACAGGGGCACCAACUGCUGCCCCCGUGUGGCCCACAUUUGGCACCUACGAUGCCGCCAGCAUGGCCCAACAGAUGGCAUGGAUGCAACAAGCGUAUGCUCAGUACAUGAUGCAGUACAUGCAAUUGAUGGCGUCAGGUAAUGUUCCGGCUGGGAUGCAGGUACCACCCACUGUCAACACCCCACCCCCUGCCGCUCCCCCCCCACCUCUUCGUGACGAGCCACUUCCUGCCAAUGAAGCAGCUCAGAAUGGUGGUGAGGAUGAGGAACUGCGAGGAAAUCGUGACUGGCUGGACUGGUUCUACAUCAUGAGUCGCAUGCUAGUGUUGUUCAGCAUAGUCUACUUCUACUCCUCCCCUGUGCGUUUCUUUGUGGUGUCUACCCUCGGAAUCAUUAUGUAUCUAUACCAAGUCGGGUUUUUCCGAGCUGUCAACAGAUUGGAGCAGCAAGAAGAAGUUCCAGAGAAUCCUCCUCCUACGCCAGACAAUAAUAAUGUUCCCCCUCCUCCCGAUACUCCCCCUGCCCCUCCCUCCGCCUUCGCCAUCACCUGGGCAGCUUUCUCCAGUUUCUUCCUCAGCCUUAUCCCCGAGCAACAGAAUGUCCUUUAAUACUGUGAUAUUAGUGAUAAAAUACACCUACUCUAUCAUCUCCUGGAUAUAUUACACUACAUUCAUACUAUGCUAUUGUAUUCAUCAUUUGUUAUUUUAAUUUUAUUGCAUUAGUUUGUACAUAUUACACUAUUUGAAAAUUAUAAUUCAGCCAAACAGUUGUUCUUCUUACCAAAAUAGGCUUGUUUAAAAUGAGGGAAAAUUCUUCUUACCAAAAUAGGCUUGUUUAAAAUGAGGGAAAAUUGGUGAACAGGCAAUAUUUGGUUUUCAUUUUUUUUUCAGAUAAAAAUCUGUUAGAGUUUUCAUGAGUACUGUUUCAUAUAUUUGGGCUUAACAUAAUGUCUCUUUAAAGUGUUAAUGGAUUAUAGUAUUUGUUGGUAAUUGACAAAGAGUAAAUGUGCAUACCAUUUCUGUAAUUCAUUCAAGUCAUUAAUCAUCAUUAAUAACUUUAUAAUAAAUAAUUUAAUAAUCAACAAAUAAUAAUCAAUAAAUAAUAAUAAUCUUGUUUAUGAAAGUUCUUUAAAAUGCACCAUUUUUUAAUGAAUUUUAAGUGAACUGGUAACUUGGAAUCUGAAAAUGGAUUACUGUCACAUCUGGUGUUAAAUAAAAAAAAAGAUUAUCCCUGGGUCUUAUGGAAUCUAAAUAUUAAUUUAAAAACGUCUUUAGCUCAGUUCAAAAUGAAAACAUCUAAUUUAUAUUUGUAUUAAUAUAAAUUGAAAAGUUAUAUUGUGUAAAACUUACUGUGUUUCAAGCCUAUUUUGCUAAAUUGUUUUCUAUCUGUACAUAGUGUAGAUUUAUUACUAUUAUUAUUUGCUUUCUCAGUUUUGAACUAUUAUUCUAUAUCCUAAUUGUAUUCUAAUGUAUAUUGUUUUGAUAAUAAAUAUUCUCAGUGUAAAUUUUCAAGUUGCUGUUUCAUGAAGGUAUAGUGAAGUUAAUACUUACCAAAGACAGCCAAGUGCACCACAUUUAUUGUGAGUUCUGUUUUAAAAUCUUUAUUUAAAAAUUGUUUUAUUGUGAUUUCAAGUAAUUACCAUUAAAGGUUUAAUAUAUGACAAUUGUGUACAAUUUUGUAUUGAUAAUUCUAAGUAUUUUGUAUAUUUCUAGUGUAAGUAAAUGAAUUGUAAGUGAAAAUAAUUAAGACAAAGUUUGGCUAAUCUCUUGGCAUCUUAUUAUUGGUGUUUAAGCAAUUCAUAACAUGUUUGUCUGUUACAGCACAAUAUUGCAAAAAUAUGUUUGACUUACUAAUGAUGUGUAAUUGUUUUGUAUUAAAUUGGGAGCCCUCAGUUAUACUUAAUGAAGGAAGAAUUAAAUUUAAACUUUUCACAAUUUAAAGUGUUGAAAUUUGUCAGCUCUGUAUAGUUUUACUGUAAACUUUUCCAUAAGUAAAAAUAGUAUGAAAGUAUUGAGAAACAUUAAAAAAUGUUUCUGGUGGAAAAUUUAAAAAAACGUACAAUAAAUCUGUAUUUUUCAUUCUUUUAGGUACUCAAAUACACAAAAUACACAGAACUAAAGUUUUUCACAAUCAAUUACAUUUAAAUUCCUUUCAAUUUAAUGCCAUAAUACAAUUUACAAUUUAAUAUCAUAAUGAUAUAUACAUUUUCAGGACUUACCUAUGCUUCUUGUUCAGUACUAUGAAAAUAAUCUUAAUGGUUCAGUAAUAAAACUAUGUAUUUAGUUUAAGUUUUUAGACCAUUUAACACAACAUGUAAUUAAAUUGUGCUUAAAACCAACCACUGGGCAAGAAAGUGAUGGUUUUGACACAUACACACUAACAAGUUGGUCUGCUAUCCAUUGUGUGUGAGGUUGCCACAAAUGUGUAGAAUUAAGGUAAAUUGAUAGGAAACCAGCAAUACCAAUCCGAUUGGAGAAUUGGUGAAGAGUAACACAAUAAACACUGGGUUUUUAGAUUGCUAAUGGUUUCCUCAGAACAAGUUACAGAAAAAGUCCAAAGCAGGUUUCGCACCAUUCGUACAUCCACACUAUAAUGAAAUAAAAUUAAAUUCUUUAUUAGCUCAAGAGAACAUGUUACAACGUUACAAGGCUCAUCAAAUAGAUAAGAAAUCUAAAUAGUAAUAUAAAUUAAUUUAAUCUUAACAAUUGUACUAAAUUUUCAAAAUAAUUUUAAGUAUGGCACAUCAUGGGGUCAAUGGGUACACUGUUACUAAGUUCCUGGUGAAGACGGCCUAAAAUCAUCAAAUGUAUAUAUAUUACAUUUUCCAGCAAAAAUUCUUUAAUGACUUUUUUGAAAGAAUUUCAUGUUGUUAAUGCCAUUAACGCCAAAAAACAGGGAAAGGGUUAAUGAAAAUAGUAAAAUGAUUUUUGAGAGUGUUAUAAAAAUGAUAAAUAUGACUACAAACUUAAUACACUGUUUCCACUUUAGUAUUCUUCACAAUCAAAAUUAAGACAAUUUACACAACAAAAUAUUCUGUUCCGUCCUUUUCUCCUACUCAAAGCUGAGUUCAAUUGCAUUAUUUCUACACUACUACUUCUGAGUUUUAGGUUUUUAGAGUGCUGCAAUAGGACAACAGUGCAUAACCUACCUUGCCUUGUGAUUUUGCCCUACUCUCAUUUACCCUGAGGAAGUCUUUAGCAAUGGCAAAUAAUCAGUUUUAUUGUAUCACUUUUUGUCUAAUUUUUAGUACUGCUCCAGUUAGACAAGUCUUGCUGGUUUGUUACCAAAUGUAUUAAUCUUUCUGGCUAUAAUGCAGUAAUUAUUAAUUAAUAAUGGCACGAAAACUGUUUGUAAGUUCUAUAAAAUUUGAGUUAGAAAAUGCUCAACUCAGUAUUUAAAUUAAUGUAAAAAUCUUUUAAAAAUAUGUUUGCUAAUACCUUUUGUAACGAGUCAUUAUGAAAACACCAAUAAUUUUUUUCUGUUUUCGGAAAAAAAAUACAUAAACUUUUUGUAACGGUUUACGAUUUGUGAGAGUACAAAUAAUUUUAGUGUUACCAUUUUUUGUGGAUUGUUGAUUUAUUUUGACAGUAUUUUGUUUAUCUAAAAAAUAAAAUAUUUUACUAAUAACAUUUAUAGUUAUAAUAUUAUGACAUUAGUAUUUGCAAUAAUGUAAUGAAUAUUUUAGAGCUUCAGAAUCUUCUUCUUUCGAACCAUUUUCUUUAGAACAUUUUUGUUUUAGUUUGGUCAUGAUAAAUUGACAAUACGCAUUUUAGUGUUUAUUUUGCUGUGUUAGUGUACGAAUUUCAUUUUUAUAAAUAGUUUUAGUUGUUUGCUUUCAUUUAAUUUAAAUUUAUUAACGUAUAUAACCAUUGUGAUUUACACUUUUCAAGAAAUAAUCAAGAGUUUGUUAAUGCAUUUGUGAAUGAAGACAUAUUUAAGGCAGUGAUUACAUGUUAAAAUUUGUCUUUUGUUAA